AAUAAAUCAAAAACCUCUUCACAUAUCCAAUUGUAUAUAUUUUGUAGAUGAUGUCUAUCUUCAAAACAGAACUCAUGUUUCUGUGUUUCCAAUUCUAGAACAACACAACACGCAACUCUCCCAUCCCUUUUUUGCCAAAACUACUCUUCUUUCUUUGUGUUUUUUUUUCUCUUCUGUUCUGUUUAAAAAAAGAAGAUGAAUAUUCAUAUGAAUCUGAAUCUGAAGCAAAUGGCGGGCAACAUGAUCUAUCAAGAUCCAAUCCAAGAAGAAGAAGAAGACAUUGUUCAAGGAGUUUCAAGAACAUUCUCAGAAGAAGAAGAUUCAUCUUCUUGUUCAUUAUCUUCCAUGUGUUCUUCAUCUGAUUUAACAGAAGAGGUUGAUGAUGAUGAUGAUGAUGCUUCUUCAUCUUCUUCUAAUGGACCUCUUGAAGAUCUCUCUGACCUCAUGUCACAUCUCCCUAUCAAGAGGGGAUUAUCAAAGUUCUAUGAAGGAAGGUCACAAUCAUUUACAUCACUAGCAAAUGUUAAAAGCCUUGAAGAUCUUAUGAAGAGAGGGUUUAAAAACAGAAACUAUGGAGCAAGAAGAAAGACAUGUAGGAGUACUGGUGGGAUUAUAGAUCAAAGCUACAAAAGGGUUUAUAGUCCUAAAGCUACCAUCUCCAAGAAACACAACAACAAAACACCUUCCUCUACUCUCUCUUGUCUUUCCAGAAGAAAACAUUAGAAAUCUCAGAGAAACAUUAGUCUUUUUUUCCCCCACAAGUUUUUAACCAUUUUUACGGUUUCACCAAAAUCGGUUUCAGUAACAUAACAAAAUUCCAAUGUUGUUUUAAUUGUGUAGACUAGACUUGUUUAUACCUUUUUGUUUUUUUUUGGGGGGCCUUUGGGGUCGUUUGGUUGUAUGUAUCAAAAGCUUGUAAACAGGAGUGAUUCCGAGAAGGUGGAAGCAGUUCCACAUAACUAUGAUGUUGCUUCACAUAGUAAUAAGAGACGGCUUGUCUCUUGUUCCGA